UGGUGCCGGUGCGGUGUCGCCCCCUGGCGGCGGUGGCGGCGGUGGCGGGUCCGGCAUGAGCGAGGCGCGGCUGAGGCCCGGGCGCGGCCCCGGCGGGGCCCGGGAGCCCCAGGACAAGGAGUCAGAGUCUGAGAACAGGCUGGAUGGAGAGACAGCGUCCGACAGCGAGAGCAAGUCCGAGUUUGGGGGCUCCUCCCCAGUGCCAACCUCAGAUGACACCCCAGAGGUGCUGAACAGGGCCCUCUCCAACCUGUCCUCGAGAUGGAAGAACUGGUGGGUGAGGGGCAUCCUCACGCUGGCAAUGAUCACCUUCUUCUUCAUCAUCAUCUACCUGGGCCCCAUGGUCCUGAUGACAAUUGUGAUGUGUGUGCAGAUCAAAUGCUUCCACGAGAUCAUCACCAUUGGCUACAACGUCUACCACUCCUACGACCUGCCCUGGUUCAGGACGCUCAGCUGGUACUUCCUGCUGUGUGUGAAUUAUUUCUUCUACGGGGAGACGGUGACAGAUUAUUUCUUCACGCUGGUGCAGAGGGAGGAGCCGCUGCGGAUCCUCAGCAGAUACCAUCGCUUCAUCUCCUUCGCCCUCUACCUGACAGGUUUCUGCAUGUUUGUGCUGAGCCUGGUGAAGAAGCACUAUCGCCUGCAGUUCUACAUGUUCGGCUGGACCCACGUCACGCUGCUGAUCGUGGUCACCCAGUCCCACCUCAUCAUCCACAACCUCUUCGAGGGCAUGAUCUGGUUCAUCGUGCCCAUCUCCUGCGUGAUCUGCAAUGACAUCAUGGCCUACAUGUUCGGCUUCUUCUUCGGCCGCACGCCGCUCAUCAAGCUCUCCCCAAAGAAGACCUGGGAGGGUUUUAUUGGAGGAUUUUUCUCCACCGUUCUCUUUGGAUUGCUGCUGUCCUACGUGAUGUCGGGGUACCGCUGCUUCACCUGCCCCGUGGAGUUCAACAACGACACCAACAGCUUCACGGUGGACUGCGAGCCCUCGGAGCUCUUCCAGCUGCAGGAGUACAACGUGCCCGUGGGGCUGCACUCCGUGCUGGGCUGGAAAACCGUGCGGAUGUACCCGUUCCAGAUCCACAGCAUCGCCCUGUCCACCUUCGCCUCCCUCAUCGGGCCCUUCGGCGGCUUCUUCGCCAGUGGCUUCAAGAGGGCCUUCAAAAUCAAGGACUUUGCCAACACCAUCCCGGGCCACGGGGGCAUCAUGGAUCGCUUCGACUGCCAGUACCUGAUGGCCACCUUUGUCAACGUCUACAUCGCCAGCUUCAUCAGGGGCCCCAACCCCAGCAAGCUGCUGCAGCAGUUCCUGGCGCUGCGGCCGGAGCAGCAGCUGCACAUCUUCAACACGCUGAGAGCUCACCUGGCCGAGCGGGGAGUGCUGGGCAGCCCCGAGGAGGCGUAGGCUGGACAGGACUGACUCUGCCUCCUCUGCCCUGCCUGCCUCCAGAGCAGGGCCCCACUUCACUGUAACUCUUCUUCCUUCCUUGGUAAAUGUUCGCAUCAGUGGUUUAUUUUAUUUUAAUUUUUUUUUUUCUAAAUAAUAUAUUUAUAGAGCUUUGGUUCAAACAAGCAAAUCUGGGAUUUGUGGCUGAGAAGGAGUUGAGGCUGGGGAGGGCUGGGUGGGGCAGGAGGGGGUGGCUGUGCUGCUGGACUGUUCUGGUUCCUGCUGGGAUGUUCUGGUCCCUGCUGGGAUGUUCUGGUCCCUGCUGGGAUGUUCUGGUUCCUGCUGGGAUGUUCUGGCCCUGCUGGGAUGUUCUGGCCCUGCUGGGAUGUUCUGGUUCCUGCUGGGAUGUUCUGGUUCCUGCUGGGAUAUUCUGGCCCUGCUGGGAUGUUCUGGUUCUUGCUGGGAUGUUCUGGCCCUGCUGGGAUGUUCUGGCCCUGGGGACAGUGGGAGCUGUCCCGGCAGGACCUGCCUGGCACAGGGAGGAGGAUCUGUGCCAGCCCAGCCCCAUUUCCCCCUGCAGCCCCUCCUGCAGCGCCUCUCACAUUCCCUCCCUGCUGCGCUGCUGCAAAUCCCAUUUUUGUAGCCAGUUAAAGCAGAAACUGGGCACGGGGAGCUGAGGAAGUGGCAGCUCUGUGGGGGAUGUGGGAGGUUCAGAUUCCUCCAAAACCCAGGGAAGUGAAGGAGUUUUUGAGAGUUCCACUGAGCAAUUCCUGCCAGCUGAGAACAACUUCCGAACACCUUGGUUUGUUUCCCCCGUUAAAGAGCCUUUAGAAACCACACUUCUUCCUUUCCCCGAGCUGGGAAAGCCCAGAGUGGGAUGUUUGCAGGAGCCUGGGGAGCAUUUCCAGCCUUGCUGGGUGGGCUCCAGCUGCAGCUGGGUUUGUUUUCUUUCAGGGAUCAUGUCUGUCUGUUACUUGAGUUGUAGAAGUCGUGCUGCUGAGUUUCCCAAGGUCUGUGUUGCAUUUCAGUCCGGGUUCAUUUCUCUGCAGGCUUCUGUCCUGCUUUGCUCACUGAAUCUUGUCAGAAGUAGUUUGUACUUUAGAGCUGCAGGCUUCAUUGAAGUACUUUCCUUUAUUUUGUCAUACUUUUUUAUUAUUUAAAAACGAGAGCCCUAAAGAUUGUAAAACUUUGCUUUUUUUUUUUUUGUUUUGGUAACCAGAUAGUGAAAACAUCCCCAUUUACACCUCGUGCAAUGUUCCCAAACACGAGGUGACUCUGAUUUUCCUUCUUUCCAUAGUUUGUGCAUGGGAGAGAGAAACUUUCCCUUAUUUUAACCUGGGGAAUGAGUGACAGGGAGCGCUUCUGCAGAAGUUGCAUUGGAGUUUUCAAGCAGCUGCUGCCACAAACUUUUAGCCACACGUGAGCCCUGCCCCUGCUGCGAGCUGGCUUGGCAUCCACAGAGAAUAAACCACCUGAAAACGCCCCAAACCCAGAGCUCUCACCCCACAUUCUGGUUUCAUUUAGCCUGAGUGUGUGUGAGCACACAGCACAGGGCCCAGCCUCUCCUGCAGUGCUGGUGGGCAGGAGCUUUGUGCCCAGCUCAGGUGUUUGGGGGUGGGCACGGGCUGAGGAGCAGCUCUGCUCUUACAGAGCUCUCAGUGCUGCUGGUGAGGCUCUGCAGGAGCAGCUCAGGGCUGCCCUGGUGUCCAGGCACAUUCCUCCUGCUCGGGCAUUUCUCCUGGGGCUGCUCCCUUCCAGCUGGGUCAGGUUCAUGCUCUGGCGAUGGAACAGCUCUGGAGCAAGCUCCUGAGAUGGAAAAUGCAGGGGAGAAGGGAGAUGCUGCCAUGGCACCGUCCCUGGCAGUGCCAGGGCCUGGACCUGCUGGGCUCUCUGGCUUCUCCCUGCCCUUGCCAGAAUCCCUCUUGCGGCUGCUGCUCCCAGGCAGGAGUGACAGUGCUGAUGGAGAUCCCAAAGCUGUGCUCUGUCCCCACUGAGAAAUCCCUGGUGGCUCUUUAGUCUCCUGCUGCUGUGCUUUAACCCUUUUGUUGCUGCUGUGCCCAGCAGGGCAGAGCUUUGCUGCAGCUUUGGGGCAGGGCUGGGCUGGCAGUGCUGGCUGUGGGCACUGGAGGGCAAAGCAGCUCCACGGAGCAGCUGGGAGAGCAGCAGAGCUCUGCCUGUGGGUGGCUGCCCUGCUCACAACGGCCUGACCUGGAACUGGCUCUGUGGUGAGAAAUGGGCUGACUGGAAAUUAAUUCUGUGAUGAGAAAUGGGCUGGUCAGAAAUGCCCUGACGAGAAAAUACCCUGAUCAGAAAUGCCCUGAUCAGACAUUCAUUGAUCAGAAAAUUCCCUGAUCAGACAUUCCCUGAUCAGAAAAUUCCCUGACCAGCUUUGUUCCUGCCUCCUCCCUCCAAACCUGCCUGGGAAGGGUUUCCUGCAUGGAAAAAAAUCCCUUAAAAGCCAUGAAAGAGUGGGAGCAGUGGAUGCAGGGAGGAGGGGAGGGAGCUGGGGUGUGGAUGGAGGGGGGUUAAAAUCCUGUCCUGCUCCUUUGCCAUGGGCAGGGAAUCUCCUGCAGGUCUGGUCUGGCACUGCCAGGGGUGGGUUUGGGAAGGAUGGGAAGGUUUGGGAAGGACGGGAAGGUUUGGGAAGGAUGGGAAGCUGCUGCUCCUGGCUGCUUUGGCUGGUUCUGGGCUGGAGCUGGUGCUCAGGGAUGUGCAGCAGCCCUGCAGGGCCCUGGGCAUGCAGCAGCUGCAGGAAUUUGGGUGUGGAGGGCACACAGGGACCCCGGGGACGGGGCAGUUCUGCAGCUGCAGGGCUGGAGCUCAGCCUGGCACAGAAAAAGGUUCAGGGCAGGGAAGGGCAGAGCAGGAGAGGGGAGCUGGUGCCAGCUGGGGUUUGUGUGUGGGAUGGGAGGAGAGGACAGGACCCCGUGGCAAGGUCCUGGGCUGGCACGGGAGCCACCAGUGUCCCUGGCCACCAGCCAGGGAGGUGGCAGUGCCAUGGGGAGGGGACACUGGGCACCCCCAGGUGUUUUUAGGGGCUGCUUGGGUUUGGACAAGGGUUGGGCCAGGUCUGUGGACACCGGGGUGGGAAUUCUGCUUUUCCCUGCCUGGCUGCAGCCCUGUGCAGCCCCAGCUCUGCAGCAUUGUGCAGCCCCUGCAGCCCCAGCUCUGCAGUCCUGUGCAGCCCCUGCAGCCCUGUGCAGCCCCUGCAGCCCCAGCUCUGCAGCCUGGCCUGUUCUUUCUCUGUGCAUCGUCCUUCUGGUUCCAGUUCUAGCUGCACUCGUAGAGUUGCCUUCCUUUGACCGAAUGUUGGAAUGUGAAAUAUUGUAUAUUUUAAAGUAUUUACCCUAUUUAUAUACUGUAUGUUACUGUUAAAUAAAUAUAAAUUCCAUUA